AUGGCCCGCCCCGCGGCCCAGCCUAGCCCCACACCUAGCCCCAUGCUGGCCUCUCCACCUCUGGGUCUGGCCAGCCCCAGCUCCACCAUGGUCAGCCUCAAGAGCCUGCUCCAGGGACCGGUCAAGAGUCCCGAACGCCGGGGGCCCAAGGACCUGGGUUCAUGUGUGAUCAAAGAGAAGGAACGGAAGAUGGAGGAUGACCUCAGCAUCUCACGACCCGGGCACUGUGCUUACCUGGGGUCCCUCCUGUGGGAGCGCACUCUGCCCUACAACGAGAUUGAAUAUGUCGACCUGGACGAGUUUUUGCUGGAAAACGGCUUGCCGCCAAGUCCGGCCCAUCAGUCCUUCUCGCCGGGAAGCCAGCCCACUGCGUCACCUUCCAGCGGGGUCGUGGUAGACCUUAGCCGCCCGGCUUCAUGCGCCUCUUCGUCUUCGAUCUGCUCCUCGUCUGGCGAAGGCCUAGUGGGUAGUGAUUACGACCAUCACAGCAGCAAGACAGGACCCAUCACGCCCGUGUCCCGGAGCACGCCCAGUCCCGUGGACCCGGAGGCUGUGGAGGUUCUCAUGAACUUUGACCCUGACCCUGCUGACCUGGCGCUCUCCAGCAUCCCGGGGCAUGAGACCUUUGACCCACGCAAGCAUCGGUUCUCCGAGGAGGAGCUGAAACCGCAACCCAUUAUGAAAAAGGCCCGGAAAAUACAGGUGCCGGAUGAUCAGAAGGAUGAGAAAUACUGGAACAGGCGGUACAAGAACAACGAGGCGGCGAAACGCUCACGGGACGCCCGCCGCCUCAAGGAGAACCAGAUCACCGUCAGGGCGGCCUUCCUGGAAAAGGAGAAUGCCGUCCUGCGGCAGGAGGUGGCCAACAUCCGCCAGGAACUCACCCGCUACCGCAGCAUCCUCUCCAAGUACGAAUCGCAGCACGGCACCUUGUAAAACCCACGGCCCAGAUGCCGUGCUCUUCUCCAUUGCCCCGUCGCCGAGGCGGUGGGGCCACCCUGGUUUUCAACCCUGAUCCCCGUCUUCCCGAACCGGGCAAACAAAUAAUCAAACAACGGAUGUUUGGAACGAGGGGAAAGGUCCGAGGUGGGCGAUUCCCACGUGCGGGACUCUCGCGGUCCGGGUGCACGACAGAAGGGACAAGACUUUCCGGGUUGACGCACGCCGACCCUCGCCAAGGAGAGGGCGGCGACGUCAAGAUGUUGAACUGGGCAUUGUAGGCACACGGAACACACCGAACACACAAGGGCUCUGUAGCACGCUGGAAGAUGUUAUUGUGUGCGUGUACACACACAAACACACAGACACACACAAGUUUGGCUCGUGGGCAGGCUUUUCUGCCCGAAGGCCAGAAUUCA